CCGCGCUCGGUUGCUUCCUUGCUCGUAGCCUACAGAAAGGCAGGGAAAGAAUGUAAACGACAAAAAUAACGAGAGAGAAAGACGGAGGGAGCGAGAUCGACUAAGUAGGGAGAGGAAAAACAAGAGACCUCAACACCUAUCCUACUCAUGUUGGAUAUUAUUUGACGAAUACUUUUUUUCCCUCCUAUCACCCCCCGCCCACAUUUAUUUUCUCUAUUAUUGGAUUUCCAGGUAUCGCUCCAUAAUCCAUUUUACUCCAUGGACAACCCUCAGGUUUGUUUGUUUUAUUUUUGUCCAGGUCAAGAAGAAAAUCAACUCGGUGUGAUGCCUAUUCUCAAUUAAACGGACAUCAUCAAGCAAGGCGUUUUGGCGAAAUCUGAGCGCUGACGUGCAACUUUGUUUAUCUCAUAGAUAGAGGCUGGGAUAAGUGAUUAACUCUUAAAGGGCACAUUGCAUCUGUUAAGGUUAUUGAAUAAAACACAUUUUACCAUGAACAUAUUUUUGAAGACAUCAUUUUCACUUUUGAUUUUCUCAUGGAAAGUUGGAAGAGCAAUAGCAAUAGUUUAUUGUUGAUAUCAAAUUAUUUGUCAUGUCGAAUUUUACUAUUAUUCUCUAGCACUUAAUGCAUAUUUAGAUAGGCUAACAUUCGGUGUUCGAAUGAGGUAAAUAACAGUCGGUCUAGCAGUGUGUUCACCUGUCCACCUUUUUAAUCUUCACGUCACUGUGUUGUGAACCCGCUGACAGCCAGUCAAUCGUUUUGUGGAUUAAUCGGAUAAACUCCGCGCUCAUUCCACGGUGGGAAUCAACGACCAUCACAAUCAUGUCUAGGCCGCUCACACAGCUCCUACCGCCUGACCUCCCGGCUGGAGCGAGCCCACAGUUCGGUACGGGUAACCUUGCGGGCAGUGUCCCGACCGGCGGACACUUGAACUCCAUGGCCAGCCUCAAGACUCUCCUACAGCUGCCCAUCAAGGUUGACCAGCGAGCGAAAGACUGCUGUGUAAUGAAAGAUAAAGACAAGCCCCAGGACUCAGACGAGGACUCAAUGGGUGGGGGUCCAGGUGGCCGGCCUUCCCAGUCGGCCUUCCUGGGGCCCCAUCUGUGGGAGCGCACGCUGCCCUGCAGCGACGGGGGCCUCUUCCAGCUUCAGUACAUGGACCUGGAGGAGUUCCUGACUGAGAACGGCAUGGCCAUGCACAACAAAGGUGGCAACGGCUCCAGCGCCAGCGCCCAGGUGCCCUCGCAGAGCUCCCUGCAGUCGGCCGUGCCCAACCAGAGCUCCCAGUGCCCGCCGUCAUCCCCUCCGCCAUGUUCUUCUUCAUCGUCCUCCAUGUCCUCCUCAUCUUCCUCCUCCUCGCUGCUGGGCCUGGACAAUGUGCCGCUGCCACCAAACGGACUGCCAGGCAUGAUGGGAGUGCCCGAGUGCCUACAUGGUGGCCAAGUUGGGCCUCCUGACCUCUCGCCCUCCUCCACCACCACCUCUCCCUGUCCCCCCGGGCCGCCAGGGGGCCCGCCGGUCACCAGUGGCACUGCUGACGUCAUGGUGAACUUUGACCCGGACCCGGCGGACGUGGCGCUGUCCAGCGUGCCGGGCCAGGAGGCCUUCGACCCCCGAAGGCACCGCUUCUCGGACGAGGAGCUCAAGCCACAGCCCAUGAUCAAGAAGGCCCGCAAGAUGCUGGUGCCAGACGAGCAGAAGGACGACAAGUACUGGAGCCGGCGCUACAAGAACAACGAGGCUGCCAAGCGCUCACGUGACGCCCGGCGCCUCAAGGAGAACCAGAUCACGGUGCGCGCCGCCUUCCUGGAGCGAGAGAACGCUGCUCUCAGACAGGAAGUGGCCGACAUGCGCAAGGAGCUGGGCCGCUGCCGCAACAUCCUCAACAAGUUUGAAAGUCGACACGGAGACUUGUGAG